AUGCCGGUCCGGAGGGGUCACGUCGCUCCGCAGAACACCUUCCUCGACACCAUCAUAAGGAAAUUUGACAGCCAAUGUCGCAAGUUCAUCAUCGCCAAUGCACGGGUGGAGAACUGCGCCAUCAUCUUCUGCAACGAUGGCUUCUGCCACAUGUGUGGCUACUCGCGUGCUGAGAUCAUGCAGAAGCCGUGCACGUGCAACUUCCUGUAUGGGCCCCAUACCAAGAGGCUGGCCAUCGCUCAGAUGGCACAGGCCCUGCUGGGGUCUGAGGAGAGGAAAGUGGAGAUCAACCUCUACCGCAAAGAUGGUCAUUGCUUCCUGUGUUUGGUGGACGUGGUGCCGGUGAAGAACGAAGAUGGCGUGGUGAUCAUGUUUAUCCUCAACUUCGAAGUCAUGUCAGAAGACAGACUGAGAGAUCCAAACCAGGAGCUCAACCAUCGCCUGCCCACCUGGCUUGUCACUGGUCGUCCGCGAGGCUUCAAGCUGCGCCUGCCCCUGCUGCGCUCGCUUUCCAACAGCAAGAUCUCUCUGGACGACGCCGAGGCGGGCCACGUUCCAACCGCUACACCCCUGCCGCUGCACCAGGACCGCCCCGGCCACGAGUCCGUGGCCCUGGGGGAGUUCCUGCCCCUGCCCCCCUUACCGCCAGACCAGCAGGAGCAAGUCAGUGGAAACAGAGCGGGUCUGCAGAGUUGGCCUGAAGACCGUCAGGAGGACCAGUGUACCUUACUAGGCUCUGAGCGUGCCAUGCCCCCUCCUCCUCCUCCUCCCUGCGCAGCGCCACUGGUGGGUCCCCUUACCCACUCGUCACCCUGUGUGGCGCCCCACCGCCUCAGCCUCAACCCGGACGCCUCCGCCUCCAACUGCUCUCUGUCGCACAGCCGCUCUCGGGAGAGCUUCCACAGCAUGCGGCGCGCUUCCUCCGUGGACGAGAUCGAGGCCAUGAGGCCGGACUGGGACCGCAAGAACCGGAGAGGGAGCGUCCGGCCCUCAAGCAGCAGCACGGGUGCAGUGAACAACAAGUCCAACAUACUGAACUCCACGUCGGAUUCAGACCUCAUGCGUUAUCGCACCAUAUCCAAGAUCCCCCAGAUCACCCUCAACUUUGUGGACUUCAAACCCGAUCCUCUCAUCGCCCUUCCGCCUGGAGAGAUGGAUAUCAUAGCUCCCUGUAAACUCAUCGACCGAACGCACAACGUCACAGAGAAAGUCACACAGGUGCUGUCUCUGGGUGCCGAUGUACUGCCAGAGUACAAGCUCCAGGCGCCUCGCAUCCACAAAUGGACGGUGCUCCACUACAGCCCCUUCAAGGCUGUGUGGGACUGGCUCAUCCUGCUGCUCGUCAUCUACACGGCCAUUCUGACGCCCUACUCUGCCGCCUUCCUCCUCAGCGACCAGGAGGAUGUCAGCAUACAGAACUGUACUUACUCUUGCUCUCCUCUAACCGUGGUUGAUCUCAUAGUGGACAUCAUGUUCAUUAUCGACAUCCUCAUAAACUUCAGGACCACCUAUGUGAAUGCUAACGACGAGGUGGUGAGCCACCCACUGCGUAUCGCUGUACACUACUUCAAAGGCUGGUUCCUUAUCGACAUGGUGGCGGCUAUUCCCUUCGACCUGCUCAUCUACCGCAAUGGAGAGGAGACAACCACUCUCAUUGGUUUGCUGAAGACGGCCCGUCUGCUGCGGUUGGUCCGUGUUGCCCGGAAGCUGGACCGUUACUCAGAGUACGGCGCAGCAGUCCUCUUCCUCCUCAUGUGCACCUUCGCCCUCAUCGCUCAUUGGCUGGCCUGUAUCUGGUACGCCAUUGGCAAUGUGGAAAGGAACGGGUCUAUCGGCUGGCUUCACUCCCUGGGGGACCAACUGGGAAAACACUACAAUAUUUCCAACCCAGGUUCUGGUCCAUCCAUAAAGGACAAGUAUGUCACUGCUCUUUACUUCACCUUCAGCAGUCUGACCAGCGUGGGCUUUGGAAACGUCUCUCCAAACACCAACUCUGAGAAGAUUUUCUCCAUCUGUGUCAUGCUCAUAGGAUCCCUGAUGUACGCCAGUAUCUUUGGGAACGUGUCGGCCAUUAUCCAGCGGCUGUACUCGGGGACGGCCCGCUACCACACCCAGAUGCUGAGGGUCCGCGAAUUCAUUCGCUUCCAUCAGAUUCCCAACCCACUGAGGCAGAGGCUGGAGGAGUAUUUCCAACAUGCCUGGUCCUAUACCAAUGGCAUUGAUAUGAAUGCUGUGCUGAAAGGUUUCCCAGAGUGUCUACAGGCAGAUAUCUGUCUACAUCUGAACCGGACCUUGUUGCAGAACUGCAAGGCUUUUAAAGGCUCUACCAAGGGCUGCCUCAGGGCACUGGCCAUGAAGUUCAAGACCACCCACGCCCCACCUGGAGACACGCUGGUCCACGCCGGGGACGUCCUCACUGCUUUAUACUUCAUAUCCAGGGGGUCCAUAGAGAUACUGAGAGGGGACGUGGUGGUUGCGAUCCUGGGCAAGAAUGACAUCUUUGGGGAGCCUAUCAACCUGUACUCCCGGCCAGGCAAGUCCAAUGCUGACGUGAGGGCUCUUACCUACUGCGAUCUCCAUAAGAUUCUCAGAGAGGAUGUUCUGGAGGUCCUGGACAUGUACCCCGAGUUCUCCGACCACUUCUGGAGCAACCUUGAAAUCACCUUCAACCUCAGAGAUACCAACAUGAUCCCAGGCUCACCGAGCAGCGGAGACUCAGACUGCGGCGGAUUCAACAAAUUACGCAGGCGCAAGUUGUCAUUCAGACGGCGUACGGAGAAAGAUAGUGCAGACGCCGGGGAGAUUAAAAAGUCCCAGAAGCCAGUACGGCGGAGAAGAAGGGAAGCAGUCAGUAAUCAAAAACAGGAGGAGAAGCUGAAGCCUGAAUGGGAGGGACAUCGCAGCUCCAUCUCCUCCCACUCCAGCGGCGACGAGGGGGAAGAAUCUGUUGUGACAUGUCCUGCUCCUCCAUCGUCGAUGCUGGAGAGCUCCCAGGCUCAGGCCACUCCUCUGAACUUCAACGAGAACCCAGAGGGAGAAGGAGAUCCCAAGACAGGGAACACCUGCAAUGCCCUCUCAGGUGCAUUCUCAGGUGUGUCCAACAUCUUUAGUUUCUGGGGCGAGGGCCGAGGCAGCCGCCAGUACCAGGAGCUUCCACGGAGCAGCCUACCUUCCCCGCCACCCCUCAACACACCGCUCCACAGCCUCAGUCGGCAGCAACGCAAUGAGCUGGAAAACCGCUUGGACCUGCUACAGAAACAACUUAACAGGUUGGAGAGCCGUAUGUCCACAGACAUUGGAGCAAUCAUGCAGCUGCUGCAGAGACAGAUGGCUCUGGUCCCCCCCGCCUACAGUACCGUCUCAUCCCCACCUCAGGCUUCCCCGUACCCAGGUCCUGGCCCAGGACCAGGUCCUGGAGAGAGGCUCGUUCAGCCUGUUACUCCUCUGGAGACAGAUACCCUCGCCUCCCUAUCACAGAUUUUGGACCCGCAAGAUUUUGAGGAGUUCCCUGCCAAGUCACUUGACUCUCUGCAGCCCCAUGACUCACCUCUGGUCUGUCCCAGCCAGGGCCAACUGGCCCCAUCUGGACUGGACAGCCUAGAGCAGCAUCUGGAGCUGGAGCUGGAGCUAGGCUUGGGGACCGGAGCUGGGGUCGUUACAGUAGCUGGACCAAGGGUAGGUUCAGGUCUGGGGACAGGUUUAGGGUUGGAACUAGCGAACACAAUGGGGUCAAGGCUAGACUUUGGGUCAGGGAUAUGUAUCGGCCCUGGGGUUGGGGCAGGGGCCGGGGCAUCUUCCCUAGAUCCUGAAGUGCAACGGAGGUUGUCCCUCCAAGAACCACAGAAGUCUCUGGACUCACGGACACCACAGAGACACAGCUCUGACCCUGGAGGGAGCUAG